CAGAAAGAAUGGAAAGAAGAGAAACCGUCUCAGAAGUGGACCUUUUAUGUCCUGUGUGCUGCUGUAUCUACACGGAUCCUGUCAUGUUGUCUUGUAGUCAUAGCUUCUGCAAGGUUUGCUUGGCAAAAUGUUCUUGAAAAAAUCUCUUAAAUGUCCUUUUUGCAAGAAACGGUCAUCCAAAACGUUGCCUCCAGCAAACAUACAUUUAAAAAUGUUGUGUGACAGAUUUCGUCUGGAUAAAAGUGAGUCAGCUGCAGCUGAGAUGUUGUGCAAGCUGCAUAAGGAGAACCUCAAGCUCUUCUGCCUUGAUGACAAACAGCCAGUGUGUGCUGUGUGCCGAGACUCAAAAAUACACAGAGACCACAAUGUCAGACCACUGGAUAAGGCAGCACAAGAGCACAGGGAGGAGCUUAAAUCUAAACUGAAACCCCUGCAAGACAAGCUUGAUUCAUUUCGAAAGUCAAAACUGGCUUGUGCUCCUAACUUGCAACACAUUAAGAACCAGGCUCAUCACACUGAAAAGCACAUUAAGAGCGAGUUUGAGAAACUUCACCGGUUUCUGCAAGAUGAAGAGAUGAAGCAAAUAGCUGCAGUGAAGGAGGAGGAGAGGAAGAAAAGGCAAAUGCUAAACAAAACCUCAGACUUCGUAAACAAUGAGAUUGUACAACUUUCAGAAAAGAUCAAAUCUAUUUUAGAAGAUUUAGCCACUGAGGAUACAUCUUUCCUUGAGAACUACAAAGCAACUUUGGAAAGAAGCGAGUAUGAGCCGAAGGAAGCUGAAACAGAGUCCGAAUCACUGAUUGAUGUGGCGAAGCAUUUGGGCAACCUGCAGUUUAGAGUGUGGAAGAAGAUGAAGGAUAUUGUUGAAUAUUAUCCUGUGAUUCUUAACCCCAAUACCGCACACCCGCGGAUCAAUCUGUCUCACGGCCUGACCGAGUUUGUAUGUCAAGAUCGGUAUGAGCAGUUUCCUCAAAACCCAGAGAGAUUUGAACAUCAUUUGUGGGUUCUAGGCUCUGAGGGCUUUAUCUCAGGGACUCACUGCUGGGAGGUUGGGGUGGAAAAUAAUGCGGAAUGGGCUCUCGGUGUUGUGACAGGUGAUGUUAAAAAAAGAAACUUCUACAGUGCAGGUGUAUGGAAAAGCCAUUACCAAAAUAUGACAUAUGGUGCCAGUGCCUCUGGAGGGUCUACCACCAUUCUCAGGUUGAACAAGGGCCUGCAGAGGAUCAGAGUGCAGCUGGACUGGGACCACGGACACAUUUCAUUCUCAGACCCAAUUACCGGCCACAAUCUAAAAACCUUUUCCAACAGUUUUAAAGGCAGAGUCUAUCCAUACUUCUGCAAUCAGUGUGACCUUUAUCCUCUGAAAAUUUUACCAGAGGUGACGUUUGUCAGCGUAGAACAGUCUGGUUGAAGUACAUAUAAGUUUGCUUGUGAUAACACCACAUCUGUUUACUUGUGUACAAGGUAGCAAGAGAGAAAAGCAAAAAAGAGGGUAUUUACACAGAACUAAACCUCAUGAUGCAUGGCAGUCUACACAACAAUACUCGUAGGAAUGCCAUGAUAUUAUGUAUCAUGGUAUGUCAGUUUAAAAAACUGCUGUGGAUUUAUACUUUUACACAUAAAAAAAUUGGUAUCACUGGAAAGUCCAAGAGUAAAGCAUUUGCCCUAGCAUACAAUCACACAUUCUUAUGAGGAUACAGCAGCCACCUGUGGGUGGGAUUCCACAAGGUAUGAUGAGAGUACAACUGGCUGUGGUGUCUGAGUGGGCGGGUUAACAUACACACUCUCCGCUUUCAAUAACAGAAACACUAGCAAUUUGUGAAAGAGGUUUCCUCCGAACGUGUUAUGCUGCCCUGUUAUGCUGAAAAAGAUGCAGUCAUUCGGCUUUUCCAUGCUGCAUGUUUAUCUAUGCUUAGUUUACAUUGUUAAAUGACUAUUGUUGUCACUAUACUAAAAUUUUGACUUCGAUACGAUGCCUAAAGUGAAUAUCAUGAUUCCAAUGCCAAAUCUAUACUAUGGCAAAAAUAAAAAUGUAAUAAAUAAA